GGAGCAAAAUCCGUCGCUGGAAUCGUCCAAUAUUUCUAAUUCUGUAUUGAGAGACGAGGAUUACCAAUUUUUGGGAAAGUUCUGAAUGGUUACGCACAUUGGCAGUAGAUUAUAAUGUGCCAGUUUCAGUGCUCAGUUUUAAUGCCGUUUUACAAAAUGUCAGGGAAUUAAGUUUUGGGUGACAAUUGUUUUUAUUGGAGACAUGGACUAAUACACAGAGAAGAAGAAGGGUUUUUUUCUGCAUUUUGGAAUAAUGAUUUAUGCUUUCUGGAUUGAACAUACAUUGGCGAAUUAAACCAAAUUAACCAGUAUUAACCAGUAUUUAGUUUUAAUCAAGUGCCAAGUCAUGGAACUAUUAUUCCAAAUUCUGUUUGUAACUACUUUUGUCACUUUGAUUCAGGUUAAUGGCGAAGUAGCAAAGCCAUCCAAGCAUCCAGGCCUGCAGGUGUUAGCCACAGCCUCACACUAUUGGCCGCUGGAUAAGGUGGACGGGAUCCAUGGACUGUGGGACCAGAUUGGAAACAGACCAGCUCUUCAAAUCCACAAGCACACUGUGCUCCCUUCCUCCCAUAACUCUUCCUCUGUGUAUACCAAUGACUCUGCCUACACUAACGUUUCUGCAACAGUAGACAUAGUUGAAGGGAUGGUCAACAAGGGCAUCUAUCUGAAUGGAGAUAAUGGAGGCACGUUUCUCCACUUUGGGAACUACCAGAACUCCUGCAUUAGUGACCCCACUCUGUGUGGCCCUGAGGGGAUUACAUUUUCCUUCUUUUGGAAGAACCAGGAGGCAGAGUCCCAUUUUGCAAUAGCCUCUGGAGGGAAAGUCAUCUCCAAUGGCUUCUCUGUCUAUGCCAAUGCCUACGCUGGAUACGUAGAGUUCUACACACGAGGAAACUCGAAGAGGUGGAGGGCUAACAUCAAAAUACCAGGGCCCUUCUGGACCCACAUUCUGUUCACCUGGACCCUGAAGGAUGGUCUCAACAUCUACAUCAACGGGACAUUCAACACCAGCGACCCCACUGGCAACGUGUCCAUGAACUACGGAGACCCUUACCCUGACCUGGUCAUUGGGACAGGAAAUGACCAGUCCUAUGGACGCUAUGUGACAGGAGCCUUUGAUGAGUUUGUCAUCUGGGAGAGGGCUCUGUCACCAGAGGAGAUCCUUAUGUACUACAAGGCUGCCAUAGGUGAUGCUUGGACCUAUCCUACCACAGCAAGUGUUCCUAAAGAAGUCUCCUCUACGACACAAAUGCCAGGAGUCACAGAUGUGUCCUAUUCUAUCACCACAAAGCUGAGUGAGGAGAUCCACAGCUUCCAGGACCCUGUGCCCAUGCAAGGCUUCCUGGAGUUUCUGCCAUUCAGCCUGCCCAACAAGACCAUCCCCCAAGACACUGCCAACAACCUCACACAGGCCUUUCUGAAGAGUGUGGGGGAAGUGCUCUCUUCUGAAGUGGCUCAAGAGGAUGAGGAGUCCACCCCUGUGGUCAGUGGGCUGAUUGAGACAGUGGACAAAGUGAUGGUCCAGAUGGUGUCCAACCUGGAGUCCAGCCCCAGCCCCCACUCUCUCAUCUCUCUGGGAGGAAAGUCCUUUGUAGCAGAUUACUCUCUAAUGAAGAUCCCACAGAACUACAAUCUUCCACUCUACCGCUUCCCCACUCAAGGAAAGAACUACAUCUCAGUGCCCGGCGAGGCGUUCACCAUGCAGUCCCAAACCACCAUUGUGGGUGUGUUCUACCACAACAUGCACAACUACUACACAGGGAUCAGCCCUCUCAGGACCAGGAUCAACGAGGCGGCUGAUUUCAAAGACCAUAAGAUCCAGGUGGCCAGUUUCCUCAUCUCACUGAAGGUGGAGCCAUCGCCUGCUCUAUCCGUCAACCUGUCUGGGUCUCCGCUCAUCAAGAUCGUCCUCACACACAUCCUGAACAGGGAUCAGCAGGGUCAAGCCUUAAACCAGAGCAACAAAGUGUACCUCUACUGUGCCUUCCUCGACUACAGUUCAAAGGAGGGUGUUUGGUCCAAUGAGGGCUGUGUGCGGUCCGGAGGGAACAUGUCCUACUCGGUGUGUCUGUGUAAUCAUCUCACCAACUUCGCCAUCCUCAUGCAGGUGGUGCCCAUGGAGCUUACCAAGGCCCACCAGGUGGCACUAUCAACCAUCAGUUACAUUGGCUGCUCCAUCUCCAUCUUCUGUCUGACCAUCACACUGGUGACAUUUGCAAUCCUGUCGUCAGUGAGCACUAUCCGUAACCAACGCUACCACAUCCAUGCCAACCUGUCCUUUGCCAUUCUGGUUGCCCAGAUCCUGCUGCUCAUCAGCUUCCGCUUUGACCCAGGCACGCUGCCCUGUAAGGUGAUGGCUGUGCUGCUCCACUUCUUCUUCCUGAGUGUGUUUGCCUGGAUGCUGGUGGAGGGGCUGCACCUCUACAGCAUGGUCAUCAAGGUUUUCGGCUCCGAGGGCAGCAAGCAUUUCUACUACUACGGGAUUGGCUGGGGGUCUCCACUGGUGAUCUGUGUGGUUUCUAUGACAUCAGCCUUGGACAGCUACGGAGAGGUUGAGAACUGCUGGCUGUCUUUGAAGAACGGGGCUAUUUGGGCCUUUGUGGCACCAGCACUGUUUGUCAUUGUGGUGAAUAUUGUGAUUCUUAUAUCUGUGACGAGGAUCAUCUCUCGUAUUAGUUCAGAGAAUUACAAGGUUCAUGGAGAUGCCAACGCAGUCAAAUUGACUGCAAAGGCCGUGGCUGUACUCCUUCCUAUUCUGGGCAUCUCCUGGAUCUUUGGGGUACUGGCCAUCAACGAUCACUCACUGAUGUUCCAGUACAUGUUUGCUGUGUUCAACUCAUUACAGGGAUUCUUUAUUUUCCUGUUCCAUUGUCUUCUCAACUCUGAGGUCAGAGCUGCCUUCAAGCACAAAACCAAGGUGUGGUCUCUUACCAGCAGCUCCAUUCGCAACAUCAAUGUGAAACCCUUCAACUCUGAUGUUAUUAAUGGAAACAGGGGAGGCGUGAGCCCCACAAAGAUAAACACAUGGGACAAAAGCACCAACUCAGCCAAUCGGAUCGACCUCUCCGCUGUGUAAAACUACAGGACUUCGCUUCCAGUAAUGGCGGAAGUAGGAUGCCAUGCCAACCAUGGGUUCACUAGUGUACUAGAUUCAUUGACAAACACUUGCUUAAGCAUUGUGUUGUUGCCCACUGUUAUAUGUGAUGUGUGAUCCACUCUCAUGGACUCAAAAGGAAAAGCCUUAGAUAAGGGGGUGUGCUGUGGUGUAGCUACAUAGUCAGGAUGCCAUGCGUCUUCAUGUAGAGCUCUAUACACAAUGACUAACCAUUCUUACAGGCAUCUCUGAGCUUAGCUUUCAUAACCCACAGCCUCCCACUCCCUUACGCCUCCACUAUACAAAGAUUUGAUGUAAAGCUGUAACCCCAAAAGGGGCAUCAUCACCCCCUGAAGACAAACAGACUCAAGGGACUGUGCCUUUCAACUUCUCUAAUAAUAGACAGCUGGCCAGACACAUAUACAGUG